AAUUGAUAUUUGUUCGAAGAAAAACUGUGUAGUUCAUAGUGAAAUAAAUUAAGUUAUUUGAUAAAAUUUAAUCGUAUAAUUAAGGAAACACUUAUAUUAUACAGCCUGCAAAUAAAAUUUUCCCGAAAUGGACGCCGAAGACUUCCGUCGCCACGGCAAAGAAAUGGUAGACUACAUAUGUUCCUAUUUGGAGAACAUCGAAAAGUACAGGGUGAUUCCUGAUGUCGAACCAGGUUAUUUAAAAACACUGCUCCCGAGUGAAGCUCCAGAAACAGGUGAAGAAUGGACUAAAAUUAUGGAAGACGUUGAAGAUAAAAUUAUGCCAGGUGUCACGCACUGGCAACAUCCUCGAUUUCACGCUUAUUUCCCAUCUGGCAACUCUUAUCCUUCGAUAUUGGGAGACAUGCUGUCGGAUGCCAUUGGAUGCAUCGGAUUUUCCUGGGUUGCCAGUCCGGCUUGUACAGAAUUAGAAACUAUAGUUUUAGAUUGGUUGGCAAAAGCAACAGGACUACCAGAAAGUUUUUUGUCCAGUAGUCCUGCUGGUGGUGGUGUCAUCCAGGGUUCAGCUUCAGAAUGUAUCUUAACUUGUAUGAUAGCAGCAAGGGCACACACGAUCGAAAGGCUGAAAGAGCAAAUUUGCUGCAACGGCGACGAGGGAGCCCACGACAGCGUCCAUUUGCCGCGACUUGUCGCAUAUUGUUCCCAAGAAUCGCAUUCGUGUGUUGAAAAGGCGGCAAAAAUAGCUUUGGUCAAACUUAGGAUAUUGGAGGUCGAAGAAGAUGGAUCUCUAUCCGCGGAAACCCUAAAAAAGGCUAUGCAAGAUGAUGUAUCAAACAACCUAGUUCCAUUUUUCGUAUCAGUAACCCUUGGUUCAACAGCCUGCACAAGUUUUGACGAUUUGUCUACAAUAGGACCAGUUUGCAAAAGUUUUCCUGGUGUCUGGUUGCAUGUUGAUGCAGCUUAUGCUGGAAGUGCAUUCAUUUGUCCAGAAUUGAGAUACUUGCAAAAAGGGAUAGAAUAUGCAGAUUCGUACAAUACAAAUACAAAUAAAUGGCUGCUGGUGAACUUUGAUUGUUCUUGUCUUUGGGUGAGGGAUAGAUGGAAAUUGACGAAAGGAUUAGUUGUGGAUCCUUUGUACCUGCAGCAUGCCAAUGAUGAUGAAACUAUAGACUACAGGCAUUGGGGAGUUCCAUUAAGCAGAAGAUUCAGAUCUCUCAAACUCUGGUUCGUGUUACGAAAAUAUGGAAUAGAAGGUUUAAGAGGCUACAUACGGAACCACAUAGAUCUAGCAAAAAUUUUCGAAGCACACAUAGUUAAAGAUUUGAAAUUUGAACUUAUGAACAAUGUUCGAUUAGGAUUAGUCUGUUUUCGGUUAGCAGGAUCUGACAAAAUGAACCAACAGCUUUUAGAUCACGUUCAUAACAGUGGACAAUUAUUUAUGGUACCUGCCAAAGUACGAGGAAAAUUUUCUAUAAGGUUUUGUGUGGUGUCGGAACAUGCUACGGCAAGGGAUAUAGAAAUUGCGUGGGAAACAAUAAACGCAGCAGCCUACGAAGUUCUGAAAACAGGUACUCCAAAAACACCAGAACCAACUAUCGCAAACAGACCACCUCAUCUACGUCCAUUUGGGAGGCAACUUUCACGGCAAUUUUCAUUUACCAGAAGUGUUUCCAGAGAGGUAUAUAAAAGGGAACAUAGUAAGAGCAGUUUGCACGAUGGAGCAACACCGAUUUUGGUCCCGGAAGAUGAAGAAAAUUGUGGGUUGGACGAUUGUGAUUAUUAUGGGAAUGAUAGUAGUUGUGCAGAUACUCCGAGGACGCCAGAUUUUGAACAAGAAUUUCAAGACUUUGAUAGUGUUCGAUCUUAAUUGAUUUAAAUGUUUAGUGAAGGACGAGAUAUUUUUUGGAAGUU